CAGACAGGAGCAUAAAGCCACUAAUACAAAGGAGAAGAGGCCAUCAUGGAGCAGACUGGAGAAGGGUGGUGCAAGGAGCAGAGACAAAGGAGAAGCAACCCUCAACCAGCCCCUCCAGCAGCCUGCCCCAGCUGAGCCUCUCGCUGCCCUGUGAAGGAGCACGAUGACAAGAUGGCACAGCUGCUUGUACCGCCCGGACCUGACAGCUUCCACCCCUUCGUCCCCGAGUCGUUGGCCGCCAUCGAAAGGCGCAUCACCGAGGAGGAGGCUCGGAGACCGCGGGCGGAGCGCCGCAGUGACAACGAUGAUGAAGACGGGCCUAAGCCCAACAGUGACCUGGAGGCUGGCAAGAAACUGCCCUUCAUCUACGGAGAUGUGCCUCCUCAUCUGGUGUCCACUCCACUGGAGGAUCUGGACACUUACUACAGCAAUGAAAAGACCUUCAUAGUAUUGAAUCAUGGAAAGGCAAUCUUCCGUUUCAAUGCCACGUCUGCCUUGUACAUCCUAAACCCCUUCAACCCUGUCAGAAGGCUAGCUAUUAGAGUUUUAGUGCACUCUAGCUUCAGCAUGUUGAUCAUGUUUACCAUCCUGACCAACUGUGCUUUCAUGACACUCAGUAAUCCUCCAGAAUGGGCCAAGAAUGUAGAGUACACAUUCACAGGGAUUUACACCUUCGAGUCCCUUAUAAAGAUCCUGGCCAGAGGCUUCUGUGUUGGCAAUUUCACUUUCCUCAAGGACCCAUGGAACUGGCUGGAUUUCAGUGUUAUUCUCAUGGCAUAUGUCACAGAGUUUGUGGACCUGGGCAAUGUCUCAGCACUGCGAACCUUCAGGGUUUUGCGAGCCCUGAAAACUAUAUCAGUGAUCCCAGGCCUAAAGACCAUUGUGGGAGCCCUGAUUCAGUCAGUAAAGAAACUCUCAGACGUGAUGAUCCUGACGGUGUUCUGCCUAAGCGUCUUUGCUCUCAUCGGGCUCCAGCUCUUCAUGGGAAACCUGCGGCAGAAGUGUGUGCGCAUCCCAAUGCACAGCAACAUGACCAACAGCACCAACAUCACCAUGGACAUGGAUAUGAUGGUUUCCAACAGCAGCCUCCUGGAGCUCAACACCACCUUUGCCAUGAAUGUGACAGAGCCGCCGUUCAACUGGACCGAGUACAUCAACGACCAAGAUAAUUAUUAUUACCUCCCUGGUCGAAGGGACGCUCUGCUCUGUGGGAAUGGCAGCGGCGCUGGGCUUUGUCCAGAGGGCUUUUCUUGCAUCAAAGCAGGUCGCAAUCCGGACUAUGGCUACACCAGUUUUGAUACCUUCAGCUGGGCAUUCCUCUCCCUGUUUCGACUCAUGACACAAGAUUACUGGGAGAACCUCUACCAACAAACUCUGCGUGCGGCGGGGAAGCCUUACAUGGUCUUCUUUGUACUGGUGAUCUUCUUGGGUUCGUUCUAUCUGGUGAACUUGAUCCUGGCUGUGGUGGCGAUGGCGUACGAUGAGCAAAACCAAGCCACUAUAGAAGAGGCCCAGCAAAAAGAGGAGGAGUUUCAAGCCAUGUUAGAGCAGCUCAAGAGACAACAAGAAGAGGCACAGGUUGCCGCGGCAGCAGCCACCGAGAGCGGCGAGUACAGUGGGAGAGGGGGCCCCACCUCGGAGUCCUCCUCGGGGACAUCUAAGCUCAGCUCCAAGAGCGCCAAGGAACGACGCAACAGGCGCAAGAAGAGGAAGCAGAGGGAGGAGGAGGAGGAGAGGGGGGUCCGAGACAAGUUCCACAAGUCUGAGUCCGAGGACAGCAUCAAGAGGUCCAGUUUCCGCUUCUCCAUAGACGCCAACAGACUGUCAUAUGAGAAAAGAUGCUCUUCACCCAACCAGUCUCUGCUCAGUAUUCGGGGCUCCCUCUUCUCCCCCCGGAGGAACAGCAGAGCCAGCCUGUUCAGCUUUCGUGGCAGGGCUCGAGACAUGGGCUCGGAGAAUGACUUUGCAGACGAUGAGCACAGCACGUUUGAGGAGAACGACAGCAGACGGGGAUCUCUGUUCCUGCCUCGGCGGUUGGAGCGUCGUUGCAGUGCCAUCAGUCAGACGAGCCUGGGGGCGCCCCGGGUCAUGCUGCCCGCCAACGGCAAAAUGCACUGUGCUGUAGACUGCAAUGGAGUUGUGUCUCUGGUCGGGGGGACUUCUGUCACUACCUCUCCUGUAGGUCUCCUGCUGCCUGAGGGCACAACCACUGACACAGACCUGAAGAAGAGGCGUUCCUUCCAUCAACCGUCCAUGGAUUAUUUAGAUGAACCAGGGGGCAGACCACGAGCUAUGAGUGUGGCUAGUAUCCUGACCAACACCAUGGAAGAACUUGAGGAAUCCAGACAGAAGUGUCCUCCCUGCUGGUACAGAUUUGCCAACACUUGUUUGAUCUGGGACUGUAAUCCAGCCUGGCUUAAAAUCAAAGAAAUCGUCAGCAUGGUGGUUAUGGACCCAUUUGUAGAUUUGGCCAUCACUAUUUGCAUCGUCCUCAACACCCUCUUCAUGGCAAUGGAGCACUACCCGAUGACUAAAGAGUUUGAUAACGUCCUUAGUGUUGGAAACCUGGUGUUCACAGGUAUUUUUACAGCAGAAAUGUGUUUUAAGAUCAUUGCGUUGGACCCCUAUUAUUACUUCCAGGAGGGUUGGAACAUCUUUGACGGCAUUAUUGUUAGCUUGAGCUUGAUGGAGCUCGGUUUGGCAAAUGUGGAAGGCCUGUCUGUUCUCAGGUCAUUUCGAUUGCUAAGAGUCUUCAAACUGGCUAAGUCAUGGCCCACCCUAAACAUGCUCAUUAAGAUCAUCGGUAACUCAGUGGGUGCUCUAGGAAACCUGACCUUGGUCCUUGCCAUUAUCGUCUUCAUUUUUGCUGUGGUGGGGAUGCAGCUUUUUGGGAAGAGCUACAAGGAAUGUGUGUGCAAGAUCUCAGAGGACUGUGAGCUGCCACGGUGGCACAUGCACGACUUCUUCCACUCGUUCCUCAUCGUGUUCCGGGUGCUGUGUGGAGAGUGGAUCGAGACCAUGUGGGACUGCAUGGAAGUGGCAGGGCAGUCCAUGUGCCUCAUAGUCUUUAUGAUGGUCAUGGUCAUUGGAAACCUAGUGGUUCUGAACUUGUUCCUGGCUUUACUUCUGAGCUCGUUCAGUGCUGACAACUUGGCGGCAACAGACGACGACAGUGAAAUGAACAACCUGCAGAUCGCAGUGGGUCGGAUCCAGAGAGGCUUUGCCUUUGUCAAAUCUUUAGUUCGCAGUUUUUUCCGGAGCCUUUUCUUUGGUGGAGGUGGGAAAGGUUCUGCACUGGCAGAGGAGAGCAAACCUCUGGAUGAACUGCACAGCAAUGGAAAAGGCAACUGCAUCUCCAACCACACGUCAGUGGAGAUCACCAAAGACCCCAGUGGGGUGUACAUGACAGAGGGCAAUGGGAGGCCUGGAGGCCUGGUGGUGGCUGUUGGUGGGGACACAGGGAAAUACCCCAUAGAGGAGUGUGACUACAUGUCCUUCAUUCAUAACCCCACGCUCACUGUCACUGUGCCUAUAGCUGUGGGCGAGUCGGACUUUGAGAACCUCAAUACAGAAGAUUUCAGCAGUGACUCAUCAGAUAUAGAGGGCAGCAAAGAGAAGCUCGAUGUGGAGCCCCAGCACCUGAGCUCCUCUGAGGGGAGCACUGUGGACAUCCGCCCUCCAGGAGGCGACGGAGUGGAUUCAAUUGAGCUUGAGCCCGAAGAGUCCCUCGACCCAGAGGCGUGCUUCACUGAGGGCUGUGUACGCAGGUUCCAGUGUUGCCAGAUCAACGAAGAGGGGGGCAAUUUCAAGAGUUGGUGGACACUAAGGAAAACCUGCUUCAUCAUUGUGGAGCAUAACUGGUUUGAAUCCUUCAUUAUAUUCAUGAUCCUCCUCAGUAGUGGUGCUUUGGCCUUUGAGGACAUUUACAUUGAGCAGAGGAAGAACAUUAAAACUGUGCUGGAGUACGCAGACAAAGUGUUCACCUACAUCUUCAUCUUGGAAAUGCUGUUGAAAUGGGUGGCAUAUGGCUUUGUCAAGUACUUCACUAAUGCCUGGUGUUGGCUCGACUUCCUCAUUGUAGAUGUGUCCCUGGUCAGCCUGGUGGCCAAUGCUUUGGGCUACUCUGAGCUGAGCGCGAUCAAGUCUCUGAGGACACUGAGAGCACUGAGGCCACUGAGGGCUCUGUCUCGAUUUGAGGGCAUGAGGGUUGUGGUGAACGCUUUGCUCGGAGCCAUCCCCUCCAUCAUGAACGUGCUGCUGGUUUGCCUCAUCUUUUGGCUCAUUUUCAGCAUCAUGGGGGUCAACCUGUUUGCGGGGAAGUACUUUCACUGUGUGAACACCACCACAGACGAGAUCCUCUCCAUAAGUGUGGUCAACAAUAUGUCUGAGUGCCUAAGCAAGGUCAAUGAGAGCGCUCGGUGGAAGAACGUUAAGAUCAACUUUGACAAUGUGGGCGCAGGCUAUCUGGCUCUACUGCAAGUGGCAACAUUUAAAGGCUGGAUGGACAUCAUGUAUGCGGCUGUGGACUCCAGAGAUAUCGGAGACCAGCCAGUAUACGAAGAGAAUCUGUACAUGUACCUAUACUUUGUCAUCUUCAUCAUCUUCGGCUCCUUCUUCACCCUCAACCUCUUCAUUGGUGUCAUCAUCGACAACUUCAACCAACAAAAAAAGAAGUUUGGAGGUCAGGACAUCUUCAUGACAGAAGAACAGAAGAAAUACUACAAUGCCAUGAAGAAGCUGGGCUCUAAGAAACCACAGAAGCCAAUUCCUCGACCAACAAAUGCAUUUCAAGGGUGCGUGUUUGACUGCAUCACGAAGCAGGCCUUUGACAUUGUGAUUAUGAUCCUGAUCUGCCUGAACAUGGUGACCAUGAUGGUGGAGACGGAUGACCAGACCAGAGAGAUGGACAACAUUCUGUACUGGAUCAACCUGGUCUUCAUUGUCCUCUUCACUGGAGAGUGUGUGCUCAAGAUGAUCUCACUGCGGCAUUAUUACUUCACCAUUGGCUGGAAUAUUUUUGAUUUUGUUGUUGUAAUCUUAUCAAUAGUUGGUAUGUUUUUAUCUGAAGUUAUUGAGAAGUACUUUGUGUCCCCAACACUGUUCAGAGUAAUCCGUCUGGCCAGAAUUGGCCGGAUUCUUCGCCUUAUCAAAGGUGCCAAAGGCAUCCGGACACUGCUGUUUGCCUUGAUGAUGUCGCUACCUGCCUUGUUCAACAUUGGCCUCCUGCUUUUUCUGGUCAUGUUCAUCUAUGCCAUCUUUGGCAUGUCAAACUUUGCCUACGUGAAGAGGGAGUCGGGCAUUGACGACAUGUUUAACUUUGAGACUUUUGGGAACAGUAUGAUCUGUUUGUUUCAGAUCACCACGUCAGCCGGCUGGGACGGACUGCUGGCUCCUAUUCUCAAUAAGAGAGAGCCGGACUGUGACAGCCAAAUGGAGCACCCGGGAAACUCCUAUAAAGGCAACUGCGGCAACCCAUCUGUGGGCAUCUUCUUCUUUGUGAGCUACAUUAUCAUCUGCUUCCUCAUUGUGGUCAACAUGUACAUUGCUGUGAUCUUGGAGAACUUCAGCGUGGCCACGGAGGAGAGUGCUGAGCCGCUGAGCGAGGAUGACUUUGAGAUGUUUUACGAAGUGUGGGAGCGCUUCGACCCUGAUGCUACGCAGUUUGUGGAGUACUGCAAACUGUCAGACUUUGCAGAUGCACUGGACCCACCUUUACGAAUACCUAAACCCAACAUGGCUGCGCUUAUCUCUAUGGACCUGCCUAUGGUUAGUGGUGAGCGGAUCCACUGCUUGGACAUCCUGUUUGCAUUCACUAAGCGUGUGUUGGGAGAAGGUGGGGAGAUGGACGUGCUCCGAGGCCAAAUGGAGGAGCGUUUUAUGGCUUCUAAUCCUUCAAAGGUUUCCUACGAGCCCAUCACCACAACACUGAGACGCAAACAGGAGGAAGUAUCAGCCAUAGUGAUCCAGAGGGCCUUCCGCCGCUAUAUGAUCCGCCAAGCCAUGAAGAAGGCAUCGGCCCUCUACAAGGAACAGCUGAAGGAGUGCAUCCGCGACCCAGAUAAAGACGUUAUGGUCAUCAGCAAAUUCAAUGAAAACUCCACAUCUGACAAAACUGACAUGACGCCUUCCACGGCCUCCCCACCUUCCUACAACAGUGUGACAAAAUCAGACAAAAAGGACAAAUAUGAGAAGGACAACAGAGAAAAAGAAAACAAAGGCAAAGACUUGAAAGACAGAAAGAAAUAGACUUUAAAAAAAUGAACAAAAAUGCAUUAGAGACUUGACGAGAUUUUGUUUACAGUUUCGAAGGAAUAGAUAAAAUGUGCAUUCACUUGUAUGUGAUUGAGUAAAAAAAUGCCACGCCAAGAGAGGAGAUGCGUAUGUGAAUCAAAGUGGGCACAAGACUAAAUGGAGUUAUCCAGCAGACACUGCCAGACACGAGUGAAAAGCCUUUGCAAAAUGCUUGUGAUUUUCCCAUUGGUUGUUGUUCUAUCUGACACAGUUGAGUGUACUGUUAAGUUGUCUGUAGCUAGUGCUGCUGCUACUAUGAAUCCAGUGUCUUGAAUUUAACAAUCGCUAUAACAAGUACUCAUUUUUGGGUUAAUCCUUUUUUUAUGAGAAAGAAUGUUUUAUACUUUGCAUCAUUAUUGUGCGAAUGUGCUUUCACCACUAAGGCCAGAAUGUCACUGCUGGAGGAUUUUUGCCAAUUUAACAGUAUAUACGGCUAAACCAGUAGCAUCCCAAUGAGUUACAAUGUUGUACUCACUGGUUUGCCAUUUCUGACCAUUUGAAGCUGUUUCCCUACUAAUAAUACUGAGAAUGUAUGCAAGCUGACUGAUCCAGGCCCACUUAUGGCAACCCACACUCCUGUUUUGCAGUUGUCGUCCUCCUCCUUCAAACCAGAGUUCUUGUAAAGAAAAUAUUGUAAUGAAAUAUACAGAAAAGAAUCUUUCUAAUACACUCUUGCUGACAAUAUAUAACAAAGACAUUUAAAGGAUAUACUAUCACAGAUGUUUGUAUGACGUUCACGUUGUUGCAGUUGAGAAGCGAGUGAAUUCAUGUAGUGAUUCAGUUUGUAUAUAUUCUAGCUAUUUGGGUCCACAGUAUGCAUCACACUUACAGUUGAUGUAAGAGCACUUUUUAAUUCCCACUGCUGUGUAAAACCACGUGUGGCAGUCAAACAUGUAAGUGUGUGAAAGAGAAGAAUGUGUCCUUUUUGUGCGUCUUUGUAGAAACAAG